GGUUGAUGAAAGGCGAUGGAAAAGCCAGCGCCAUUAAUACAUUAGGGCACUACUCAAUGUUUCAAACGUUGUCUCUGUCUCCUGUGUCUUCUUCUACUUUUUAGUUUUCUUAUAACUGAAGAAAAAGGAAGAAAAAAAGAAGAAGAAAAAGCUUCUGAAACCAGUAGGAGGAGGAAGGAAGAAGCUUUAGCUUGAAAAGUAAUGGCGAAGAAGAAGCAGAAGAAGGGGGAGCAAAAGCCUAAAUCCAAACCAAUUCCAAACGUUUUGGGUUCUGCAAUUACACAAACACUCCAACGGUUUUGCCUGACCAAUGACGAAGUUUUCACAUUUGAAGCUGAUCUUUCGAAGCGUGAACGUGCUUUCGUGCAUGAUGUGUGCAGGAAAAUGGGUAUGAAAUCAAAGAGUUCUGGGCAUGGAGACCAACGACGUGUGUCUGUAUAUAAAUCCAAACUGCAAAUGGAGACGAUGAAAUUUUCUGAAAAAACCAAAACUGUUUUGGACGACUUGUUUAGUAUGUAUCCUCCCGAUGAUGGAGAGUUGGGUAAGGAGACAGUUGGGAACCACAAUAUAAAGGCUGAUAAGCAAAGGCGUAAGAAAGAUGACAUUUUCUGGAGGCCGUCAACGACCAAGGAAGAGCUAAUGAAGAAAUUGGGAUCAUAUACGAUGAAGAGUGUUGCUAAUAUGAAAAAGAUCUCAGAAGAGAGAUCUAAGCUUCCAAUUGCAUCAUUUCAAGAUGUCAUUACUUCAACUGUUGAAUCUCACCAGGUCGUUCUCAUAUGUGGUGAGACUGGGUGUGGAAAGACAACGCAGGUCCCUCAGUUUCUUUUGGAUUAUAUGUGGGGUAAGGGAGAGACGUGUAAGAUAGUUUGUACCCAACCUCGACGAAUAUCUGCUGUAUCAGUUUCUGAGCGAAUCUCCUAUGAAAGAGGAGAAAAUGUUGGAAGUGAUAUUGGAUACAAGAUACGACUGGAAAGUAAAGGUGGUAGACACUCAUCAAUUGUACUCUGUACGAAUGGUAUUCUCUUAAGGGUGCUGAUUUCAGAGGGGUUGGGUAAAUUAACAAUGGAAGCCUCCAGAAAGAGUUGGAAAAAUGUUGCUUCGGACUUAACUCACAUUAUUGUGGAUGAAGUUCAUGAAAGGGACCGUUACUCGGACUUCAUUCUAACAAUUUUGAGAGACUUGCUUCCAUCAUAUCCUCAUUUAAGGCUGAUACUCAUGAGUGCUACAAUUGAUGCUGAACGGUUUUCAAAAUAUUUUGGAGGCUGUCCAAUCAUCAACGUUCCUGGAUUCACCUAUCCUGUAAAAAGUUUCUAUCUGGAGGAUAUACUUUCUAUAUUGAAAUCUUCGGAAGAGAACCACCUUGAUGAUACAGUGGGUGUUUCGGAUGGGGAACCUGAGCUAACCGAAGAAGACAUUCUUGCUUUGGAUGAAUCAAUUGAAAUGGCUUGGUUGAAUGACGAAUUCGAUCCCCUUUUAGAAUUGGUUGCUUCUGGUGGAUCCUCUCAAAUUUUCAAUUAUCAGCAUUCUGUGACUGGGUUAACACCUCUAAUGGUUCUUGCUGGAAAGGGUAGAGUUUCCGAUGUUUGCAUGCUGCUCUCUUUUGGUGCUAUGUGUGAAUUACAGGCCAAGGAUGGCACAACUGCACUGGAAUUGGCCGAACGAGGAGAUCAGAAAGAAACUGCUGAAGCAAUCAGAAAACAUUUGGAGACUUCCACGUCCAACUCCAAGGAAGAACGUCAGUUGAUUGGUGCAUAUCUUGCAAAAAAUUCUAAUUCUGUUGAUGUUCGUCUUCUAGAGCAGUUGUUAGGAAAAAUAUGUCUUGAUUCAAAAGAAGGAGCUAUUCUUGUUUUCCUUCCUGGGUGGGAUGACAUUAGCAAGACUCGAGAAAGAUUAUCAAUCAAUCCUCUUUUCAAAGAUGCAUCAAAAUUUCUGAUAAUCUCUCUUCAUUCAAUGGUUCCUUCUAAAGAGCAAAAGAAGGUAUUCAGACGACCUCCUCCUGGUUGUCGCAAAAUUAUUCUGUCCACUAAUAUUGCUGAAACGGCCAUUACAAUUGAUGAUGUGGUUUAUGUUAUAGACAGUGGAUGGAUGAAAGAAAAAAGUUAUGAUCCUUACAGUAAUGUUUCUACUUUUCAAUCAUCUUGGAUAUCGAAGGCUAGUGCCAAGCAGCGUGAGGGUCGUGCAGGUCGCUGUCAGCCUGGGAUAUGCUAUCACCUUUAUUCAAAGUUUCGUGCAUCGUCUCUUCCUGAUUUUCAAGUUCCUGAAAUUAAGAGAAUGCCAAUAGAGGAACUCUGUUUGCAGGUGAAAUUGCUUGAUCCCAAUUGUAAGAUAGAGGUUUUCUUGCAGAAGACUUUGGAUCCUCCAGUUUUUGAUACUAUCCGUAAUGCAAUCUUAGUCCUUCAGGAUAUUGGGGCUCUGUCACUAGAUGAGAAACUGACUGAGCUGGGGAAGAAAUUAGGUUCAUUGCCUGUCCAUCCAGUCACAAGCAAGAUGCUUAUCUUCGCCAUACUGAUGAACUGCCUUGAUCCUGCUCUAACUCUGGCUUGUGCUUUGGACUACAAGGACCCUUUCACUCUUCCGAUGUUACCAAGCGAACGAAAGAAAGCUGCUGCUGCUAAAGCCGAGCUUGCUUCUUUGUAUGGUGGGCAUAGUGAUCAACUGGCUGUUGUUGCUGCAUUUAAUUGCUGGAAAAAUGCUAAAGGAAGGGGUCAAGCGCGUUUCUGUUCUAAAUACUACAUCUCUUCGAGCACUAUGACUAUGUUAUCUGGCAUGCGGAGACAACUUGAGAUGGAACUAGUUCAAAAUGGUUUUAUACCUGAGGAUGUUUCAACUUGCAACUUGAAUGCUUGUGACCCUGGCAUACUCCACGCUGUCCUUGUGGCUGGUUUAUAUCCAAAGGUGGGAAGAUUACUUCCACCCCAGAAAAGGGGAAAGCGGGCUGUCAUUGAAACUUGUUCAGGGAGCAGAGUUCUUUUGCACCGACAUUCCCUUAACUUUGAACUGUCACUCAAGCAAACAGAUAGUCAUCCUCUAAUUGUUUAUGAUGAGGUAACCCGUGGGGACGGUGGUACACACAUUAGAAACUGCACUGUUGUUGGGCCUCUCCCAUUAUUAAUGGUUGCAAAGGACAUUGCUGUUGCCCCUGCAAGGAUGAGCGAUAAUUGUAAAGGUGGUACCGAAAAUAACAAUAAUGGCAAUGAUGAAGCUGGUAUAGAUGAAACUGCUCAAGAGAAGAUGGAUAUAGAAAAUAAAUCAAAUCAACAGCCAGAAGAGAUGAUUAUGUCCUCCCCUGAUAACGCAGUAACUGUGGUUGUUGACCGUUGGCUGCAGUUUUGGUCAAAGGCACUUGAUAUUGCUCAGUUAUACUGCUUGAGAGAGCGAUUAUCUUCAGCAAUCUUAUUCAAAGUAAAGCAUCCAAAUGGAGUUCUUCCUCCUGUUCUUGGGGCCUCUAUGCAUUCCUUGGCUUGCAUUCUAUCUUAUGAUGGCUUAUCUGGUAUUUCAUUAGAAUCAGUAGAAAUGUUGACGUCGAUGGUAAAUGCGACUGAAAUUGGCCAAUUUGCACCUGGGAGGUCCGUAGGAACACAUAAGAAAGUAAGUUGGUUUCAUAAAUUGCAUCCAAAUUAUAACAAUUUUAGUGUUCCCGAAGCUAAUGGAACAUCAAUUUUGAAUGAUCCGUUAAGUCAGAAUCUUUUACCAACACCUGAUUUUAGAACAGCAAACCCAAGUGACCCAUCAAGCCCUUAUGUUAGGGCUUCACCCAAUUCAGCCUAUGCAAGGUCGACACCACAGUCACAGAGAGAGCAUAAGCCUUUCAAGCUGGGAAAACCCUCUCGAGACCAAGAUGCUGCCCAGCAGCAGCAGCAGGAGCAGCAGCAGCAGGAGCAGCAGCAGCAGCAGCAGCACGCACAAGAGCACAACACACGUAAACAAAGAAACUCCCACAAGGAGCGCAUGGCAGCUAAACAACAGAAGCCUCCAUCGGGAGACCUCAGUUUAAAUGGGUAUGGAUUAAAUACAUAUGGACCAUAUGGCCAUCGGGGUAUCUCUCUAAAGCGGCCGCGCUCAGUUAUGACUGGAGAUGGUCUAGUGGUUCAGGCCUCGGGGGAAGGGAAGUUUGCUGCUUUUAUAGAUGAAACAAGCAUCAUACAAAUCCAUCUGCUAUAGUUGGCUUUCAGGUACAAUUGUAAUUAAAGUAGAUGACAGGGUUCGGUUUUCGCCUUUCCUAGCAUCAAAGCAAUACAGGCUCUUUUAGGUAUAUCGUUCUGGGUUUCAGCACAUUAGAACAGAUGUGUUAGUAUAAUGAUAUUAUUAUCAAUGAGAGGAUUUAUGCUUCCUUAUAACUCUUCUCAAUUCUCUCUGUAUACAAAUCUCACUGAAUAGCCAUGCUAUGAGAUUGGGACUAGCUUAUGGCUCUUUAGUAGUUUGUUCUUCUCUCUGCCAUGUCAUAUAAACUGAGAAAUUUACUCAUUUGUUUUUAGAUGAUCCAAUAGAUAUACAACUCUUUUGCACAA